UUAAAAUAUAAAAGACGUUUGUGCGUAAAAAUUUUCUUCAACAAUUUAUUGAAAAUUACGUUACCGGAAAUAUUUCAAAAUGUCGUCUGAAUGGUGUACCUGCUAUAACACGAAACCAGAAGAGAAAUCAUGUGGCUGUAUAGAUAUCGACGAAAAGGAAUGUGUUUGUCUUCCGCCCUCGAAAGAGAAAAUGGCUUCAUUUGUGGAAGUCACGAAGCGCAAAGGAGUUGACGAAAGCAAGUACGGGCGUGUUUUUGGUGUUUCUGGUCCAGUGGUUACUGCUGAGAAUAUGUCGGGCUCCGCUAUGUAUGAAUUGGUGCGGGUGGGAUAUUUUGAGCUCGUCGGCGAAAUUAUACGUCUGGAAGGUGAAAUGGCGACAGUUCAAGUUUAUGAGGAAACUUCCGGUGUCACAGUCGGUGAUCCUGUUUUAAAGACCGGUAAACCGCUCUCUGUAGAAUUGGGUCCAGGUAUAAUGGGUGGUAUUUUCGAUGGAAUUCAGCGCCCUCUACGCAAUAUAAACGAACUCACAAGUUCUAUUUACAUACCGAAGGGUGUGAAUGUUACAAGUUUGUCACGAGAUAUAAGUUGGGAAUUUCGCCCAGGCAAGGUAUCAAUCGGUUCACAUUUGACUGGCGGUGACAUUUUUGGAUACGUGCAAGAAAACACAUUGGUAAAUCAUAAGAUUUUAAUGAAUCCACGUGCAAAAGGUACUGUAAAAUAUAUAGCGCCACCGGGUCAAUAUACUGUCGACGAAGUAGUACUAGAAACCGAGUUUGAUAAUGUUGUUACCAAACAUACAAUGUUGCAAGUAUGGCCAGUGCGUCAGCCGCGCCCAGUUAAUGAAAAAUUGCCGGGCAAUCAUCCAUUGUUAACGGGACAACGGAUAUUGGAUUCACUUUUUCCAUGUGUUUUGGGUGGCACAACUGCAAUACCAGGUGCAUUCGGUUGUGGCAAGACAGUAAUAUCUCAGUCUUUGUCGAAAUAUUCCAACUCUGAUGUCAUAAUAUAUGUCGGCUGUGGAGAACGUGGUAAUGAAAUGUCCGAAGUAUUGCGUGAUUUUCCCGAACUAUCUGUUGAAAUAGAGGGAGUCACAGAAUCUAUAAUGAAGCGUACCGCUCUGGUGGCUAACACCUCCAACAUGCCUGUCGCGGCACGUGAAGCCUCUAUUUACACUGGUAUCACACUUUCCGAAUACUUCCGUGAUAUGGGUUACAACGUAUCUAUGAUGGCUGAUUCCACCUCCCGUUGGGCCGAAGCUCUUCGUGAAAUUUCAGGUCGUUUGGCUGAAAUGCCUGCCGAUUCUGGUUACCCCGCCUACUUGGGUGCUCGUCUAGCCUCCUUCUACGAGCGUGCUGGACGCGUCAAAUGUUUAGGUAAUCCUGAACGUGAAGGUUCCGUCUCCAUUGUCGGCGCUGUAUCGCCCCCUGGAGGUGAUUUCUCAGACCCUGUUACCUCCGCCACACUCAGUAUUGUGCAAGUAUUUUGGGGAUUAGAUAAAAAGUUAGCGCAACGAAAGCAUUUCCCUUCAGUAAACUGGUUAAUAUCGUACUCAAAAUAUAUGCGUGCGUUAGACGAAUAUUAUGAAGAGCAUUUUCCGGAAUUUGUCCCUUUACGUUUAAAAGUUAAGGAAAUUCUGCAAGAAGAAGAGGACUUAUCCGAAAUCGUACAGCUUGUGGGAAAAGCUUCAUUGGCCGAGACCGAUAAAGUAACUUUGGAGGUGGCUAAGUUGAUUAAAGACGAUUUUCUGCAGCAGAACUCAUAUUCGACAUAUGACCGUUAUUGCCCAUUCUACAAGACUGUUGGCAUGCUGAAUAACAUAAUUACGUUCUACGAUCUAUCACGUAAUGCUAUAGAAAGUACAAUUUCGGAUGAAAAUCGAGUUACAUGGAAUGAGAUACGUCAAGAAAUGGGAAAUAUACUGUACGAAUUAUCAUCCAUGAAAUUUAAGGGACACCAGUGAGGCACCAAUAGUUUUCUGCUAUGAAACAACAACUAUUGAGGAGUGAGAAACGAGGAGCGACCGCACAUCAACGCAACCCGUCAGCAGCAAUUAUUUCGUGCACACGGAGCAAUCAACAUCCGUGUUAUUUGUUGAUAUUUGUGCAAAUAAACGCUCACACAGGGUGCUUUGGCAGCUUUCCAACCAUUUAUUGGUGUUGUUUUAAUGCUCCAAUUAGCAGACCAGCAACUAUGACGGAUGAGGAAAAACAAGAAGAAUUCAACCACAGCCGUUGGGAGAAAAGUAAAAUUGCGGAGUUUAUGGCGUAAUUCAGCUGAUAUGUAGAUAUGUUUUUAGACUGAAGGCAGGAAGCCGAGCCUCAUAGUUGGAAAGCCGCCUCUACACAGAUAUGGCAGCGUUUGCCACUAAGACCGACGAUGCGUUAAGGAUGUAUUGCGAAAUGGUUAAAAUGUUCGUCUAAAUCUGCAGCAUACAUUUCCAAGCAAUAAAUAAAAUCUGCUGCUGCAACCAGAACACUAUAAAAGGAUAUAUAUUUCACAAUUGGGCCACCAUCUGCCGCACUUUGCACAUGGCGAAGUCUUAAAGCUGCUUUUUAAGCACACACACACACAUACACAAACAGAGACCACUCUAGCAGAGGUCGCUGGCUGGAUGCCUUCAAAGAGCAUCGAGUUCAUAGAAAAUGUGCGAGCAUAAGAGCUUUCAACCCUCGCCAGCGCGAGCAUCACGUCUCGUACAAUACAAACUUAAGCUCGAGCGAGCAAAAUAAAAAUCACGAAAUAUGGCAAACAAUCAAUUUUUGUUUACCCCGCAGGCGGUCAAUAAUACUAGCACGCUGGGCAGCCCGUUUAUGGACCGCCGGCCGCAGCAGCAGUGUGAUGACCAUCGAUUUGCUCGCAGCGCUGACACUGAUGAAAGGAGUAAACAACGCCGAGCAACACCAACAUCAAAUUGAGGCCAAUGGAGCAGCAGCGAUAACUUAGCACGGCGCCACAAAGAGGCGAGUGGACGCUGUGCUGGGCGGUGGGGUGUGCAGGGGGUGAUAUUGCUUCGCACGCGCGUUGAUUUUACGCCAUAAGCUCAAGUCAAAUAUACAAACAGUAACGAGUGAAUGAUUAUUUUGUGCAAGUGGUUUCUUCUCUAGAAUAUUUACCGUACAUGGUUGUAAUCCGGCACUGAUCCAGCCUGCGAGCUGCAAACCGGGCGCGCGCUGUAUUGAACCGGGGGUUCAUGGGUGGAGCAAGCGAGCAGUGGUACGCUUCUGGCAGUACGUGCACCAGCAGCGGUACCAGAGUAUUACGCAAGCUGUACAAAUGGCAGCAGCCGUUAAUGAGAGAGACGCUGUUGUUGCAGCAUCAGCAUGUACAAUAAGGUUUUUUGCAGGUUCGCAAUUUUAUGGCUGAGAAAACAGUUAAGCGGUUGGCGUGGCCUGGGAAUAACCCUGAUUUAAGCCAGAUCCCAGAAGAAAAAAGAACUGCGUUUUGUCCUUUCGAAGACGUGUUAUGAUGAAUUUUCUGUCGCAUUACUGCGAAAGCUUAUAUCGUCAAUGCCAACAAGGAUUAAGGCGGUGAUGAAGGAAAAAGCAAGCGCAACAAAGUUAUCAUUGAGAUAUUUUCCAAUAAAUAG